AAAUAGACUUGGUCGAGAGACACACAAAGUCCCGGGAACCAAGGCACACCAUGGCCUCAUCUUCACAUCCUUCCUUUGCUCCUCGUUCCGUAUAUGCCAACGCAGGUAAACUAGCGGACCGACCUCUAAACACCAACAACCCACUUCCGUUCGGAUCCUCAGUCCUAUCGCGACGUGAAAGAGAAGACUUCGGAGACGCAGGCAAAUCUCAAGGCCACCAGCUUCAUCCCGGUGCCGGAGCAGGUCCAUCUCAAACACAUUCGCAGAUCCAGGGACAAGGGCAGCAUCAAGGCGGCGGCGUAAUGGGGGGAGUUGGUCCAAAUGGUGGCAACAAUAACGUUGCCAAUAACGCUAAUAACCCAUUAAACGAUCUUUCAGAAGAACAGAGAGAAGAAAUUAAUGAAGCUUUCACACUCUUCGAUCUCGACCGGGAUCGUCACCUUGAUUAUCAUGAACUCCGCGUUGCCUUCCGCGCACUCGGCUUCACAUUAUCGAAACCAGAUCUGAUUUCCCUCCUAACAACGUAUGGUGUCCCGCGAACAACGAAUGCACAGCAGCAACAGCAACAGUCGAGACAGCAGCAAGCUCCACCCCAUCCAUCUUCGCUCUUGAUGCCACUUUCGUCAUUCCAAACCAUAACGGCACGGAAGAUCCUGGAGCGAGACCCACGAGAAGAAAUUCUACGUGCUUUUGAACUAUUUGACGAGGGAGGGAAAGGAUACAUUGACCUUGAGGAUCUAAGACGGGUAGCUCGUGAGCUAGGUGAGACCGGCCUGGAAGAAGACGAGCUGAGAGCUAUGAUCGAGGAGUUUGAUUUGGAGGGUGUUGGUGGUGUGACUAGGGAAGGCUUCGUGGGUAUAUGCCUACAGUGA